AACUGCCCUCCGUUGUACUCCCCUCUUUGCCUUUGCGCACCUUCUGGCCGCUCCGGCCCAGAGACUAUCCCGAGAGCCGGAUCCCAGAACCUGCGGGACACAGUCGGCGAACCUCGCCAAGUUCCGCCCGAUCCAUUCAUUGAGAACCGCGUCUUUUCCCAGGGCCCGUUCCCCGCCACCUCCGGCUCGGACGCCCGACAGCGCCAUGGAGAAGGGCAGCGAGACCAACGGCUACCUCGACAGCGCCCAGGCGGGGCCUGCGGCAGAGUCCGCAGCGGGGUCCGGCGAGCAGGAAACGGUGGUGGAGCGCGCGGGGCACCGAGUCGGCUUUCUGCGGCGCCACGCGCUGGUGCUGCUCACCGUGUCCGGGGUGCUGGCGGGCGCUGGCCUGGGCGCUGUGCUGCGCAAGCUGCAGCUGACUCGCACGCAGAUCACCUACCUGGCCUUCCCUGGUGAGAUGCUGCUUCGCAUGCUCCGCAUGAUCAUCCUGCCCUUAGUGGUCUGCAGCUUGGUGUCCGGUGCCGCCUCGCUUGACGCCAGUUCGCUCGGGCGUCUGGGCGGCAUCGCCAUAGCCUACUUCGGCCUCACCACACUAGGUGCUUCGGCACUCGCCGUCGCCUUGGCGUUCAUCAUCAAGCCCGGGUCUGGCGCGCAAUCUCUUCUGAACAGUGACUUGGGGCUGGAGGAGUCGGGGCCUCCCCCAGUUCCUAAAGAAACGGUGGACUCUUUCCUUGACCUCAUCAGAAACCUGUUUCCCUCCAACCUUGUGGUUGCAGCAUUCCGUACGUAUGCAACUGCCUACAAAGUGGAAAUUCAUAACACCAGCUCUGGAAACAUCACCAGUGAAAAGAUCCCCAUUGACACAGAGAUUGAAGGGAUGAACAUCUUAGGACUGGUCCUCUUUGCCUUGGUGUUGGGAGUGGCCCUAAAGAAGCUAGGCUCUGAAGGAGAGGAGCUCAUCCGUUUCUUCAGUUCCCUCAAUGAGGCCACAAUGGUGCUGGUAUCAUGGAUUAUGUGGUAUGUCCCCGUGGGCAUCAUGUUCCUGGUGGGAAGCAAGAUUGUUGAAAUGAAGGAUAUCGUAGUGCUGGUGACCAGCCUUGGGAAAUAUAUCUUUGCAUCUAUCCUGGGCCACAUCAUUCAUGGAGGACUCGUGUUGCCACUUGUUUAUUUUGUUUUCACGCGGAAAAACCCAUACACGUUCCUCCUGGGCCUCCUUACACCGUUUGCAACAGCAUUUGCUACCUGCUCCAGCUCAGCAACACUUCCCUCCAUGAUCAAGUGCAUUGAAGAAAACAAUGGCGUUGACAAGAGGAUCAGCAGGUUCAUUCUCCCCAUCGGGGCCACCGUGAACAUGGAUGGCGCUGCCAUCUUCCAAUGUGUGGCCGCAGUGUUCAUCGCCCAGCUCAACAAUGUGGAUCUGAACGCAGGACAGAUUUUCACCAUCCUAGUGACUGCCACUGCAUCCAGUGUAGGGGCAGCAGGCGUGCCAGCUGGAGGAGUCCUCACCAUCGCCAUCAUUCUGGAGGCCAUUGGACUGCCGACGCAUGACCUCUCUCUGAUCCUGGCUGUUGACUGGAUUGUGGACCGGACUACCACCGUGGUAAACGUGGAAGGCGAUGCCCUGGGUGCAGGCAUUCUCCAUCACCUCAAUCAGAAGGCAGAGAAGAGAGGUGGGCAAGAACUGAGUGAGGUCAAAGUGGAAGCUAUCCCCAACUCCAAGUCUGAGGAGGAGACAUCACCCCUGGUAACACACCAGAAUCCCACCGGCCCUGUGGUCAGCGCCCCGGAACUGGAAUCCAAGGAGUCAGUUCUGUGAAGUGGCUGUGCCAGCAGGGGCGCCCUAUCCCAUUAGCCCAGCCAUGGUAAACAUGGGCCAGGCCCCUACUGAAUCUGACCAACACUUGUGCUCAGCCACCAGUUUGAGGGUGAGCUCUCAGCACAGGCAUCGGGCUCCUCAGCGGAACUGUGUGCCAAAGACUAGGACACUCUGAUGCUUGGUUUGAUCCAUGUCCAGGAACAGCUGUGUAUGCACCUGGAGCUCUGUCUGGAAACCUUCCCCAGAGCCACCACGUUCCAGGGAUCAUGGGCUCAUAGGGCCUGCAGCUAAAGCUUGAAAAAAUGCAGGUGUAUUUGUCUUUGCUUCCAGACGACCAUAUAUCAGGUGCUUCCUGGGCAAACCAAGAUGAUCUGUAGUCACCUGUCACAUUGCCUUGUCAACAGCUGGCAUUGGAGAGAUUCCCGAAUUCUAAGCUGGCUGGAAUUUGCUGAGCUGGGACUCAGGUGUAUAAAGAGUUUGUGUUCCA